CAUAUUUCUAGGUUAUAAAAUAUACUUAUUUUUAAAUUCUAUUAUUUAGGCCCUAUUUAUCUUGAAAUAAAAUGACUCUUAUAGAGAAAAUUAGCAUAGAACUCGGCGCUCCGGAACCUUGGCCCAGCGAUGUAAAACUAUUCCAACCCUACGAAGCGGAGCAAAUCCUUCUACCGGAUAACGCGAAUUGCCUGGCGACUCAAGCCUUUUUAAAAAUGUGCCAGUUGCCCUACGCGGUGGAACCGAGGCCUAACGCAGAAGCCAUGUCCCCCACACUGAAAGUACCUUUCAUAAAGGCAGGGCGGUUCGUAAUAGCAGAAUUGGAAGGAAUCGUUCAAUUCGUUAACGGGAAAGAUAUUACCUUAACCCAACCCCUGGAUAACGACGAAAAAUCUAAUUUAAGAGCUUACAUGUCUUUGAUCCACAGUGUAUUAGAAAUGGCCGAGUUGUAUAUCUGCUGGGUAGAUAGCGAAACGUAUAACGAAGUAACCAGCGGUAGGAAUGGUUCGGUUUACCCGUGGCCUUUGAAUUACAUCCAAAAUUGGAACAAACGCAGCCAGGUUAUCAAAAAAUUGAAAACCUUAGGUUGGUAUGAUAAGAAACUUGAGGAUGUUUACUCUGAGGUCGAAACGUGCUGUGAAUCGCUCCAAGCGCGUUUGAAUGAUCAAAAAUUCUUUUUCGACCAUGGGCCAACUGAAUUGGAUGCUUUAGUGUUUGGGCAUCUUUUCACCAUUUUAACGACACCUCUUCCAAGAAGCGAUUUGGCUAAUAUUGUUAGGAAUUAUCCGUCUUUGAUAGAUCUAGUUAAGAGAAUUGAGAACGAAUAUUUUAAGAAAUAAUACAGAUGUUAUUUAUUUGUAGAGAGCAAUUAAUCAUUAAGUGUAAAGUUACAAAACGUACUAAUCAUCUUCAAGCAAUUGUGAG